UAUGGAUGAGUGCAGAUUAUAUCAUCUGCCUAAUUUCAUUGUGAAUGCAAUUUUAUGAAAUAGCAUACGAAGAGUUUUCACCUCUUCAUUUAUAAAGAUAUUAAAAACACAGAAUCUUGAUUAUUGGUUGUAACCAAAGUUUGGUUUGCAGAAAGGUGUGUUUGACAGCACACGUCACUUUUAUUCGUAAGAUAACAUCAAUCCAGUAGUGAGUUGUUCGUUUUACAUUCCAAAGAAACUCUAAGUUGUAUAUCACAGUAUAGUUACGUUCAUCUUAGUGUAACAGAAAUUCUAUCUCCUUGUAUUGUAUUUAAUCAAAAUUACGAAAUAUUUGGUUUGUAUAGAUAGCUUGGGCUACUUCAACGGGAUACAUUUUUGUAUAUUUGUUAUAGACGACGUGAUUCUAGAUUAAUGAGACAUUUUCCCUCCUAACCUUUAUUUCUUUUCCACUAAGGAAUGUGAAUCAAAACUACGGGAUACUCAAACUCAGUGCGAGGUCUUGAAAAGCCAUCUCGAUUCUACGAGAAAUGAACGCGGGAAUUCUGCAUUUUCUGAGCUUGAAGAUCGACGCCGACGUGCUGAAAAACGGAUUGUUCGACAGCGCGAGAUGAUCAGUCAAUUGAAAGUAGAUUUGCAGCGUUUAAAGACAGAAAAUAGGCGUAAAUAUAAUGAUUAUGUUGCGAAAAUGAUGAAAAAAUAUACCAGUCAAGAUGGAAUAAAUAAAUUAUUAGCUGAAAGAGAGCGUUUACUCCAGGAGAAUGCAAGACUUAUGCAUGAAGUACAAAUAUUCGAAGAAAUGGAGUUGGAUGGGAACUGUGAAACUUUGAAGGUGGCAAUGGCAUUCAAUCUUGUGGAUAAAGGUCGCCAGGAGUUAAUAUCUACCCUAGUAAAUCGUUGUAGAAAUUUUAAAAAAACCUUUAACAUAACCGUAAAAAGGAAUACGAGAAUUCGUCAACGUUUGGUUGAUAUAGCUCUAGAGAAACUUAGACUGCAAGAUGAAAUAUGGCACUACACAGAUUUGAAUUCAUCUCUGUCUUCAGAAAUCAAAGAACUUCAAAGGAAACUAGCCAGUUUAAACAAUGAAAACCAUUGUAGUAAUGAAAAUGCCAAUAUUGGGAAUUUGGAACCAAAGAGAUUGCAUGGAUUGGAUUCAGAUAGAAUUCAUAAACUUUCUUUAAGAAAUCAAGAUCUUAAUAAAGUGGAGACGAAUAAAAUUGAAUCACAAGGAAAAGAAAGAGCGGAAGAAAAUACUUCAGGAAAAUUAUCCCUGAGAAAUGAUGCAGGUUCUACAACUACCACCAGUACUACCACUGCUGGUAUUAGUAGCAGGGACAUAAUUGCUCAAUGCAAAGAAGUACCACAGGAGUGUACAACUUCGUGA